AUGAAAUUUCUCCAAGAGCGCACCGCAAUGGACCUCGUCGUCCUGAACAUCAUAAGCAUUCUGGCUUUGAUGUUCUUUCCAAUGAAAACGAAAGGUAAAAAAUUUUUGUUUUUCUUUUACACAUCUCCACAAUUGAAUCAUGUUUCAAGGUCGAUUCUGUGUUCUGAUUCAGUUCAUAGCAUAGAUAAUAGAUUUUUCAAUAGCGCGAAGGUGCCGCAUCACCUAAUUUUGCACGCUGGUGGCGUUUUUCUUCCAUUAAAGAUUAGUGGAGGAUAUUUCUCCCCAGAAAUCAUGCAACAAAACAAUUGUGUCAUACUUCAGGUGUGCGUUAGUCAGGUUAUGAAACACUUUGGAAAGUUAAGAAAAACUUCGAGAACCAAGAGUUGUAUUUGUAUCCACCUUGAGGAGCUCCUGUACAGCUUUCGAGGUCUCCAAAUCUCUCGCGUAUCAAUAAGCGCCUGCUGACGCAUGGAGCAAUUGUUAAUUGCUACGAUUGUUCUUAUUUUCCACUUUUUCUGUAGAUUAUCACAAAUAGGUCAACCAAAGACUAUUGAAGCACUUGGUAAAGGCAUAGAGAGAAAUGCUCACACUGGUGUCGCUUUUGCCAGAUUUAAAGCACACAAACUGUCCCACCUGAACAUAACAGCACUUGGAGCAGAUUAUGUCCACAGCAGUAAAGCUUGUGGACUUGCCUGUAUCAACACACCCUCGUGCUUUUCUUUUAACCUGGCUGCCGUUGUCGAUAUGAACAGUAAAAUCCUUUGUGAACUGCUUCCCUCGGACAUCCACAACAACUCGGACAAGCUGGUUGCCAAUCAUCUUUUUCAUCAUUUCAGCAUCUGGGUAAGAAUUUAUAUUUUAUUAAUUUUAGAGAACCGAUGGUGGUUUUUCCUAAAGAUGUGGGAAGUUUAAGUCGGGUUUGCUCAGUAACUGCCUUUAUUAAGAAAACCCCGGCUUUUAUAGGGGAUAUGGAGACAAAAUGUAAAGGUCCGCGUAAAAACCUUUGUGCAACAUGUGAUCGGGUUUUAACACCAAGAUUCUUACACUGUAUUAUCAAACAUCUAGCUGUCUAACGAAAGUGGUGGUUAGCCUUUUUUGAUGCUUUGUUUUGUUUUGUUUUAUUUUGUUUCCUUACUCAUUUUAUCUUUUUUUCCUGACUUAAUCAGUAAAGGCAAAUAGGAUCUGGGCCAAUACGGAAUCGCUGCGUUGGGAUAACUCUCACUUAAACCCCCUUUUGAAUUAGCUUUUGUUUUGGCAUUUUCUUUUGUAUCAGAAUAUGUUGGUUUACGCAUGCUGCAGUCUGUGGUAGUUGCACCUCGUACAAUAUACAGAUACGAUGAAUGUGACGAAGGAGAGAAAAAUGCUCUGGUUUUAAAUGAAUCAGUUAGGAACAACUUGGUAAUUAAACGGCGGUACUUCUAGACUAUUUUUCUUAUCACAGGCUCUUUCAUGAAAAGCGGCGGCAAUGUUUGAGAAUUAUAUUUGUGACCAACGUGUAUGAGGUAGCUGAAUUUCAUAAUCAAUAUGGUGAAUUUUGAACAGCCAAAGCUUCAAUUAACUAAAACAUUAAUGUUCUUGACUGAUACGGAAUUUAUCGAAAGAAAAUGCUGAGUUAGCAUGUACCACAAAGGUGACUAGCGCUUUUCGAGUGCGCUGAUUGGUUAAUUUGGGCGUAGUUUGCAAAGAAUUUUCUCCUCCGAGCUGCCCAAUAUUCAAAAUCGCACAUAAAGGUGAAAUUUGCGCCCAUGUUUCUUAGCACUGAGAGUUAAUUAAUCAUUUUUUGAUAUUGGAGUGGUGUAUGACAAAACAAUCAUUUACCUCAGUGUUGAUGAAAGUGUGAAUAUUUGUUACGCGACUUCGCGGCCCAGUAAAUAUCCACCACUGGUCACCUAAGCUUUGGUAAAUAACCAUAAACUAUUUUAAAUCUUUUGGUAUGUCAGGGUAACACAAGCAUAUCGCAAUCUAGAACUCCUUCGCUUUCCUAAUUUUUUGUCUUUAGUCUCCGUGCUUAAACAGGCCUUGUCAAAACAAAGGCACCUGCCGUUCAAAUUACGAGAGCAACAGUCACGUGUGUGUUUGCACAGAAGGAUACACAGGAAGUAACUGCGAAGCA